ACCGCCAUAUUGCUGCGAUGUGUAUUUGGCUUGCGGUUGUGUAAAUAAGUGUGUGUGAAUCUACUGUGGACAUUGUCGAAGAUACAGUGUUUCCUAAUUUAUCACUGAGUAUUGAAUUCAUAUGGAUUAUGUGGGCGUUGUUAUUAUUCCGGGUAGGUGACAUUUGGAGGAGUAAAUUUACUCCUCAACUGAGAUUAUUUUUGGGAGUAGGUCCCAUUUCGACAGCCUAAUAUGGCUGACAAUUUAAGUCAAAAAUUAGGUAAAUCUAGCGAGAAAACUAAAUAUAGCAACGCAGUUAACCGUACUACUAGUGAAACAAUGCGUCUGGGGGAGCCUGAAAAAGCAGUGAAUCAUCCUACGUCUCUUAUAUCGGCAACACCCAAUCAGAGGAAGAAGACACCAUCUUUUCAAAUAACAAGUGUGACUGUUGGUUCUCGUACUAGUAACGACGGAGGUGAUGAUUCGGCAGAUGAUUUGGACGAAUCCCAUACAGAUGAUAUGUCUGAUGUCAUAGACAAUUCAAGAAUUACUGAUAUUGAAAAUGAAACUCCCAGUUAUUCAGAAGAUACAUUUUCGAAAGAGGAUGUGUUUUUCAAUGCCUCUACAACAUCUCUUGGAACAGCCCCUGUAAUUCCGACGAGUUCUCAGUAUGGCCUUGCAAUAGUUGCUUCCGAGGGUGGAGGUAAUGUUAUCAAUGCUACAGUUGCUUGUGCAAACACUAUUUCAGGUAAUGAAGUUCAUGUAAGUGUGACUGAUGCAGGAAACGUUAUUAACAUAGUAGGUAGUGUAAAACCUAACGAAACAGAAAUGAGGGACGUUCAUGCUCAUCAUGCAGGGCGCAACGAGCGUUUCAAGGUAGUGAAAAUAGAGAGCACAGAACCUUUCAAACGAGGACGAUGGUUGUGCAUGGACUACUUGGAUCACACAAUGCUUCAGCAGCAAUCACAGCAAGCAGUGAUCAAUGUAGUGAGAUCAACUGACUUGAGUGAUAAUACUACAGCAGGAUCAGCUCAAUAUGUGGGACCAGAUAGUGGUGUUGUCCUCACUGAUGGUCCCCUGACUCUUCAAAGUAUGGACGAUCCAAUUAUAAAUGCUGAACAGUCGCAGCUGAAGUCGUCUGCCAUGACAAUACAAGAACAGCAUCAGGUAAUGGGGGUUGCUCAGCACCAGGUGACUAUGGCAGGCCUUGCAUCAGGCCAGAGUGCAACUGGGUCAAGUAAUUUCCCAUCUGUUUCUCCAGGACAGACCUUACAGCAGGUGCAACAACCUGGACCAGUGCAGCCACCACAGCAACAUGUGUCUGUAACAUCACAGCCCCAUCAAGGUCUGCAGCAGCAAGCAUUGCCACAGCCACUUUCACAGAGCAUGCAGCAAGGUGUUAGUCAACAGCAGAUGCAGCAGCAGUCACAGGGCAUGUCUGUAGCACAAGUUUUACAGCAACAGCAGCAGCAUCAUGCACAGAGCAUGUCACAGGUUCCUGUCCAGCAAAAUGUGGCAGCUGGAGCACCACAGCAGCCACAACCUGUUGCACAGCAUCAAAGCUUACCACCACAACAAAUCCAACAAGUAAUGGCUGCUGCAAAUUUGCAACAAAUGCAGCAACAGCAAGGCUUAAUGCCACAGCAAACUCAGAAGCCUUUUCCACCACAGCAGAAUGCGGGACAACAGCAAAUGUCUUCACAGUCAGUUCCCCAAGGUAUGAUACCUGCCCAGCCGUCUCAGUCGCAACAACAUAUCAUAUCUCAGUCAGGUCAGUCACAAGGGCAGUAUUACAACAUGCCUUCUACCACGCAAUUAGGGAGUGUCCCCAUUUCACAGGGACAGUCAGGCAUUCAAAUGGUGUCCCAGCAGCCCCAUACUUCCAUUACUGCUCAGACACAAACAAUGCAGACUUCCACGCCAAAUCAGAUACCAUCUGGAAUAACAGCUUCACAGCUGCAGCAACCACAGACAGGAACAUCCAUGCCACUACAGCCUGUGACACAUCAUCAGAUACAACCAGUCACUUCCCAGAAUCAGUCUAUGCAGCCUAUUGGUCAGCCUUCAGUACCACAGCAAGUACCGUCACAGACUUCUCAACAGCAUAAUAUUCAGCAGUAUGCACAACAGUCAUUGCAACAGGUACAGCAAACGCAACAGCCGGUUCCACAGUCACAGCAGGCAGUGGUGCAACCACAGCAAGCAAUGCAGCAGCCACAGAAACCGAUGUCACAGCAAGUAAUGCAGCAGCCGCAGCCUCAGCAGACAUUACAGCAGUCACAACAGUCAAUUCAGCCGCAAGUUAUGCCACAGGCACCGCAGGCAGUACAACAACAAAUGCAUCAUUCUGCAAAUAUGCAAAAUGUCCAACAACAGCAACAGCAAAUUCAUGUUGGUAAUCUCCCUGGCAUUGCACAGCAGCCAGGCCCAGCGCCAAUGCCAGCCAUGGUUCAAGGACAGGGCAUGAUACCGGCAUCACAGGGUCAGAAUUUAAUAACUGGACAUCAGAUGGCCAUGGCUGGUGGGCAGCAAGUUCCACAGCAAGCACCACAAAUGGUACCUGUGUCAUCUAGUGUAGUGACAAAUAUUCCAGGCGCUUCCCAGACAUUUUCACAUAUGCCAGUGAAUCAAGUGCCCAUUCAGACUUUCCCAACAUUGGGACCGACCACUGUGUCAUCACGGACCAUACCAAGUUGCACAGGGACAAAUUCAAUGAGUGUUGGAUUGGAUGGAACAGUGGAUCAAGGUGCAGGAUUGGGAGCAGCAAAUGUUAUUGGUGGUGACCCGUCAGUAGCGUUACUGGAGUCACUGGUGGAGGUCACAACAAACGAGGACAUUCAGCCAGGAGGUGUAACAGCUGGUGAGGAUGCAGAAAGUUUCACUGGGCUGGCCCGGGCUCUCGCGUCCUCGAGCAGGCACAUUUGCCGCCCCCGAGAGCCCAGUGCUUCAGAGGACGCUUCUCUCGGUGUCAGUGCCCCGCAGGGACCUGUCCUUGUAGGUCCCAGUCGGGCCACAUCGCCUGAGAAACACAGUGCGUCAGGGACGAGCGCUGUUGCUAUUGACAACAAGAUCGAGCAAGCCAUGGAUCUUGUUAAGAGUCAUCUCAUGUUUGCUGUCCGGGAAGAAGUUGAGGUCCUGAAAGAGAAGAUUGCGGAACUGAUGGACAGAAUCAACCAGCUGGAGCUUGAAAACACCAUUCUGAAAGCCCAUGCAUCUCAGGAAACCUUAGCACAACUAGGUGGCAGCACCGCACAGCAGGGCAGCAAGAAUCAGCAGUCGCAGCAGCCCCCAAAUGGAUCCAUGCCAUAAUUUCAUUCUUAUUACUUGCCCAAGUAGUUGGGUAUGAUAUUGUUUUGCAUUGUCUCUGAUUGCAGUAGAACCAUAUGGAAUUAAAGCAGUAUUACCAAGGUUACACAUACGUCUGCCAUGUUGUAUUGGAAUAAUCUGCAAGUGAUUCUACAAAGAAGAUCAGACUUUGAAUGGAACUUAAUGGACAGAAGUGAACUCUGCUGUCAGUGCUAGUAUAUGUCUUUGAGGUGUUAAGUUGACCCUUGCCUGGGACAUGUUGGGAGAAUAUGCACUCAUACUAUAGCCUCUGAAAAGCGUGGUAGUUUGCAGAGGUGUAGUCCAGAUUUCCGUGUUUUGUGGGUACUUUCCUGAAGGCUUCAUUAAUAACAGCCUACAACAUAAUGCUAUUCUUGUAAGGUUGUUAUUGCUAGUCUAGUGUAGUUUGACAUUAACCAUUUUCCAGCCAAGCCUCUUGUCAGUCUGGCUGUUUUUCUUUUUGUAAUCAAGUAACAUCUGCAGUGGAGUCCAAUAUAAAAAGACAGAGUUUGCCACUUGGUUGAAUUACAUGCAGCCUGUGAAUACAGCCAGACCAAAUUUUGCAUCACCAGUUCAAUUGUUUGGUGUUAGAGGAAUUGGUUUAUUUUUACACUGUAUUCACACAACCUUUGUACCCACAUGAUGCCUCUUGUUUUGAAUAUGUGGUGACUGAAGAACUUUGGGUCUUGGAUAUAUGUGAGAAUUGAGAGAAACGGUGAGGUUUGGUAUAAAUUUUGGAAUGCAAGUCUCUAUACUCGCCAUGAUUGCCAUAUUUAUUUUUAGCCACUAAAUAUGUGUAGGUAGGAGGAAAUGGUUGUACUACUGAAUUUUGUCACAAGUGCAUUUCAUCUGUCAUCAGACUGAUACAGAUUUUUACCUAGAUUUCUUGGGUAACAAGUUUUGCCACUACAUAUUGAGUAAUAGGGCAGACAUUUGUUUGAAUGAUAAAUAUUGAUUUCAAAUGAAGUGGUUCAGUUGUUGAUCCAUUGGAUAGUUAUGCCCAUCUUUCAUUGCAUGUAGUCUGUUUUAAGCAGAAUCAGAUCAUUCAACUGUGUUGUUGCAGCUAUAAUGAGUCAUCCAUAAAAGAAAUAAUACUGAAGAUUCUGGAAAAUGUUUAUAAAAAGUGGUAACAUUGGCUUGAUGAACUUCUCUGCUCCACACAUUGGAUUUCAUGUUGAAUUAGAUUUUGAGGUAUGCACAUGUUGACACUUUUAUACCAGUACUUAGCUUGGGUACCUGAGCAGAUGGAGGUUCUCUUUAAUCUGAUUUAUAGAAUCAAUCAUAAAAUUGCAUUCUUUGUAUAUCUAGUGCUUUUAGCUAUCUCAUGUUGGUACAGACUUUAUGCCCAGGAUGUAGUGUGCCUGAUGUCAACAAAUCACUGAAUUUUAACCAUCAUGCUGGCAAGCCUUUCUGCUUUGUAUGGACCCUGCAAGAGAGAGAGAGAGAGAGAGCUCUGUGCCCACAGUAUGAGAGAGAACUGUUGAAAACCAAAUAUUUUUGGAUGUAUGUGCCAUUUCUUUUAUAUUUUGAAACCAUAUUCAUUGGAAUACCAGCUUGUAAGCAUUGGCCAGAUUGGAUUGUGUCAGGCCUAGAAGGACCUGAAAUGAAUUCUAUAAUAGAAAACAGAAAAUGUGGAUCUUUUGUUCUUUGGAAAACAAAAGUUUGAUUAAUGUAGGUACUGGGAGGUGAUUAGAAGUUGGCAGCUGAAUAUAAUGACUUAAUGUGCCGGUUGUGACACAGUGUAGUUUAUAAUGAAUGUUGAUCUCCAGUAGUACUGGAACUUGUGUUAUGCAGUGCCAUGAUAUAUGUUCGGGAAAAGAAUGUGAUGUAAGUCCAAUUUGUGUUUGAGGAAUACAAGUCUUUAUUGAAGAUGCAGGGCUAUUUUGAAAUGACAUACACGGUUCAGAACAUAAGGUUUUUUGGAAUAUUUAAAAAAGUAAUGCAGGACGUGGAGCACCCAGUGUCAUAACAUCAGAGCUGGACAAAAAGAGAGAAAGGAAAAGUUAAUAUGGCUGUGCUAUUUGAAAAUAAUAUUUUCGUUUUUAAUAUGUGUGUAUGUACUACGUGAUAUGUUUAUUAGCUAGAAAUUAGAUCAGAUAUGUAAGGGCUUUUAACAGGCAUGCCCCCAAUGUUUCCAGCUGGCACUUUCUUUUCUUCUGCAGUAUAAAACUACAUGAGAGUUCCUUUAACCCUUUCCAAUCAGAUCAGCUGAACUAGCUGUACUUGCAACAGAAGAGUUACUCCUACAAGAGCAUGGAGACCCGACUUUCACCGGCAGAUGAUGCCUGAGUACAUGAAACUUACCAGCAAAGGGGUGGGAAAGGGUAAUAAGAAGAAAAUGCUUUCAGUUGUAAUGUCAAUGGAUUGGAAUAACUAAAACACUUUUUGUAUCACCAGUUCAUAGUGUAAGUGGAAUUAGUGACUGAAGAGAGAACGCAGACAAUAAGCAACACUGAAGGAUGGAAAGUAUUACUAUUUCCCUUCACUCCAGAUAGCUCUCAAAGAUUGUGUGUAUUUAUGCUACUUUUUCAAUAAAAAUACUGAAAUGUUCUCGGUAGUAGAAGCGAUCAAUUGUGAAUGUGAAAGUUCAUAGAAGAUUUAACUGUCAGUCAUGUGCAUUGAUGAGCUAACUGCUGCCAGUUAAAGUUUCUCUCCGUGUGUGUCAUAGUGAAGCUGCUUGACAUUGUUGGUUCUAUAUUGUUGUAUACAUACAAGGCAAUUGGAGUUUCAGGUGGUGAUAAUGCACAGCCAAACAUUAUAUUUGGCAGUCUGGCUUCAGCAUAUGUUAUAUGUUGUGUAAAUAGUUUAAUUUAUUAAGCAGACCAUUUCUGUCCCAAGUUAUUUCUUGAGCAGCCCUUGCCUGAAGGAAAGAUAACUUAUUUGACUUCAUGGAGACUGAACUUAAUUACUCAUUAGUUAUGAAAUUAAUAAGGUGUGUUUUCCAUGUCAGCGGGAUAAAGAUAGCACUUUCACACCAGGGAAGCAAAAGAAUAUGGAUGAAUAUAUUUUGCAUUGCAGAAUUGGAGCGCAUACUUGAUAGAUGAAUUUAUUAGCAAGCAAGGACUGAUGUAUAUAUGUUCGUGUUUGCCUGUUAUGUACAUUGUAUAUAAGAUGAAUAUUUUAUCGGAAGUCAUGGUAGGAGAAGAGAACUGAUGUCAUGAUUUACGUUUGCUCCUGGAUAUACACAGUAAUAUGGACUGAGAGGAGUCCAAAUGAACAAGCUUUCUUGACUUGCUCUGUAAAGCAAAGAGAGGCUUAGGAUAUCAUGGUUCCUUUUCGUUAUAAGAAAAUAAAGUCAUUAUUUGAUUGAA